AUGUCGGCCACGAGUGACCGCCGUGAGAUUGUCGUUGUUGGCGGUGGCAUCAUUGGCUGCUGCACGGCAUAUUUCCUCACGAGACAUCCUUCCUACGAUCCUACGCAUCACAAAGUAACCCUCCUCGAGGCCUCCGAAAUUGCAGGAGGCGCGUCGGGUAAAGCGGGCGGACUUCUUGCGCAAUGGGCUUAUCCGAGCAACAUCGUUGAUCUCAGCUUCGCGCUACACGCGCAACUCUCAAAGGAGCAUGAUGGAAAGAACAGAUGGGGUUAUCGGGAAACCAGUUGUGGUCAGCUCGUCGUUAAAGGCCGCGCUAUGAGCGAGAAGACUCAGAAGAAAGAGGAAGGCGAGUCCUUACAGAAGCGCAGUACGGCCGCAGUCUCUAAGCUCAAAUCGGCCAAGAUCCCAAAUGAUCUUGAUUGGAUUGAGCCAGACCUUCUACGAGCAUAUGAGAGCAUGAGCGGACCCGGAGAGACAGCUCAAGUACACCCAUACCUGUUUACUACGUCCAUGGCGAAGCUGGCGGAAGAACAGGGCGCAGAGAUUAUCCUGGGACAAGUCACCGAUAUCGCUCGCCCCGACGACACUGUCGAGUCCGUUACAUAUACUGAUAAAGCGUCGGGAGAGUCGCGCACUAUCCCUGCCACUGAUGUGAUUGUCGCUGCUGGCCCAUGGACUCGUUCUAUCCUUCCUGAAGUCCCUAUUGCGGCAAUGCGUGCUCACAGCGUCGUUAUCGAGCCAGCAAGGCCAGUCAGCGCAUAUGCUCUGUUUACGAACAUUGAGAUCCCAGCGAACUUCAAUCCUGCAAAGAAAUCACGACCCACGGUGGCAGCUCCAGAGAUCUAUACUCGUCCCGACGACACUGUCUAUGCGUGCGGCGACGGAGACAAGACUGUGCCAUUGCCGAAAACAUCUGCAGAUGUUGAAGUAGAUCCUGAGCGCUGCCAGGAGAUCAUUGAUCAGGUCGGUAGUAUUUCAGAUGCACUGCGCGAUGGCAAAAUUCGUACAAGGCAGGCUUGCUACUUGCCGAAUUGCGAAAACGGCAGAGGUCCCUUGGUCGGACUGACCCAUACUAAGGGCCUUUAUCUUGCUGCUGGCCAUACUUGCUGGGGCAUUCAGAAUGGUCCUGGCACCGGAAAGCUCAUGAGUGAAUUUGUAUUUGACGGACAGGCCAAAAGUGCGAAGACUGCGUCUUUGGAUCCUCGCGAUCAGCUUUGA